CUGUUCGUUUACGCCGCGUUUUCUGGUGAGCAAGAGCAGGUAAAGUGUGUGACUACUGUGACUUAAGUGUAUUGUAACCUCUUUUUGUUAAAACCAUGGCGGCAGUAAACGUGAACUCACUGGUAUCUGCUUUGAUAUAUAAUUUUUUGUCCGUCAAAGAUAAAAACCUAGCAGAGCAAUAUCAAAAAAAGUUCAAAAGUGAAAAACUUAUUAAGAAUGCCCCUUCAAUCAUAGAUAUAGUGAACUCCUACUUGAAAAGUGGUGCUCAAGCUAAGAAUUUAAAGAUAGAAUCUGAAGAAAGCGACGAAAGUAGUAGUGAAGAAGAGGCCUCUAAAGCUGCAGUUCAAAAUGGCGUGAAAGCCGUGAAAGCAGUAACAAAAAAAACUGAGAGUAGCAGUGAAGAUAGUUCAUCAGAAGAUGAAGCACCUAAAGCUGCUCCUAAGUCUGCCGAACAGGUCAAAAAGUCUGAAUCAAUAAAAGCUCCUGCAAAACAGGUUGUAAAGAAAGCAGAAUCAAGCUCAGAAGAUUCUUCAGAUGACGAUGAACCUGCAAAAACAAAGGUUGUUCCUAAAACCACCCCAGCCCCUAAAACACAACAGAAAAAGCAAGAAAGUAGCUCAGAUGAUUCUUCUGAUGAUGAGGAACCUCCUAAAAAAAAUGUUGGUGCCACAAAAUCCGCACCUGUACAAAAAAUACCUCAAAAAAAAGAAGAAAGUAGUUCAGAAGAAUCAUCUGAGGAAGAUGAACCUCCAAAGAAAAUUUUAACUAAUCCUAAACCUGUAGUUGCACCAAAUAAACUGCAAAAGAAAGACGAAAGUAGCUCUGAGGAAUCUUCAGAUGAAGAUGAACCUCCUAAGAAGAAUGUUACUGUUUCCAAGCUCGCACCUGCACCAAAGACUCAACAGAAAAAAGAAGAGAGUAGCUCAGAUGAUUCUUCAGAAGAAGAAACACCUAAAAAAGUUCAAGCUCCUGCUAAACCUGCAAUUGUUGCAAAAGCCCAACAGAAAAAAGAAAGUAGUUCAGAGGAAUCUUCUGAUGAAGAACCCCCAAAGAAAACCGUUGCUGUCAGUAAACCUGCUCUUGCACCAAAAGUUCAGCAGAUAAAGAAAGAAAGCAGCUCAGAAGAAUCAUCUGAAGAUGAACCACCAAAGAAAAGUGUACCCAUUCUGAAACCUACAGCUGCAUCAAAACCUCAACCAAAGAAGCAAGAGAGCAGUUCAGAUGAUGAUUCCUCCGAAGAUGAAGCUCCCAAAAAAGUUACAAAUGUUGCAAAAUCUACACCUGUUCCACAAAAGAAAAAAGAAAGUAGCUCUGAAGAAUCUUCAGAUGAAGCUGAACCUCCCAAGAAAAUUGUAGCUGUUGCUAAGACAGCUCCUGCUCCUAAACCUCAACAGAAGAAAGAAAGCAGUUCGGAGGAUUCCUCUGAAGAGGAAACACCUAAGAAUACUGUUCCUGCUAUUAAAUCUAAAGCUGUUCCGAAAGCUCAACAAAAGAAACAGGAAAGUAGCUCAGAGGAUGAUUCUUCAGAUGAAGAUGAAGCACCGAAGAAAGCAGCUCCGGUAAAACCCAUCCCGAAGAAGGAGAGUUCUUCUGAAGAAUCCUCUGAAGAAGAAACUGCCCCUAAGAAGGCGCAAACAACUUCAGUAAAAGCUUCUGCCGCAGUUAAGAGGAAAGCAGAGAGUAGUUCGGACGAUUCUUCUGAUGAAGAUGAACCACCAGCCAAAAAAGUAGCUACUGACAAAAAACCAGUGGCUGUUAAAAAAGAGAGUAGUUCCGAAGACUCUUCAGAUGAUGAAACACCUGCCAGCAAAGUUAAUGUGGCUAAGAUCCAAAAUGGUACCACAAAUGGAGUGAAUGUAAAGCCAGGGGGUAAUGAUGAGAGUGAAAUGACAGCUAAUAAAGGAAAUAAUGCUCAUAACAAUAGUUUUGGCAAGAAACAGUUCAAUAGGAACAAUGCGCCCUUCCGACGCGUUAGAGAGGAAGAAGUAGAAGUAGAUGAAAAGUUCAAGGACAACUCUUUUAUGGCACAGAAAAAUGCAAAAGGAGCUUGGGGUGAAAGAGCUUACCACAAAUUGAAAAAUACGCGGGGCAAAUCAUUCAGACGUGAGAAAAAUAAAUUGAAGAAAGGAUCUUAUCGUGGUGGAACUAUCGAUAUCAAUGCAGUAAACUCAAUCAAGUUUGAAUGAAACUAUUGGAUUGUGAAGUAUUCGAAAUUUAUUUUGUUUGCCAAUUAAUUCCAUAAGACUGAAAUUAACUGACACCAGUAACAAUUGACACAUUUGAGUUUUCAGUUCACCAACGUCAUUAUCCACUUGUAAAGUCAAUGUUUUGCAUCCAAUUGACAAUGAAUUUUUCUUCAAAUUGAAGGCUAAGCUUACUUUUCCUCCAUGUGUUGUAUAUAUUAUUAUAUUAAGUAAUGUACAUAAUUUCAACAUCUUGCAUUUCACAUGUUGAUUUAAGUAGGCAUAAAAUCGAAUCUUCUUUUAUAA